CGUAAAUUACGUCACGUCCUCUGUAAUGGACAUCCGCACGUGUUGAACGAGUGUUUACAGCACUUGUUAAUUUAAGACUUUGCCAACAAAAAACAACAUUACCGUAGCUACCGCGUCCUUCAAACUGCCGUGAUGCCGAAAGUAAAACGAUCCAAAGGAGGAGGAGGAGGAGAGGCGAGCGGAGCCGGUGUGGCGCUGGCUGACCAGAUCCUACAGGCGGACACGGUGCGAGCCCGAGGCCGGGUGAAGAGCAGGGACAACCGGGCAGAGAACGAGGACACAUACGUGGACGAGCGUCUGUCGCGGAAGAUCUUACAGCAAGCACGGAUCCAGCAAGAGGAGCUACAGACCGAAUAUGGACUGGCACCAGAGAAGAAGAAGGCACCGUCCACUGUACUCGGUCCUGACACUCAGGAUGCAGACUCAGAUGAGGAGUGGCCUGCACUGGGAGCAGCAGGUGCAGAUGACCACGAAGUUUUGUGCGACACAGAAGUCGCCGUUGAUCCCGACGACGAGAAGGCCAUGGAGAUGUUCAUGAACAAAAACCCUCCGAUGAGACGGACCUUAGCUGAUAUUAUCAUGGAGAAGAUUACAGAGAAGCAGACUGAGGUAGGGACGGUGAUGUCAGAGGUGUCGGGGUGUCCAAUGCCCCAACUCGACCCGAGGAUAGUGGAGGUGUAUAAAGGUGUCAAUAAGGUUCUGUCAAGAUAUCGCAGCGGUAAAUUGCCAAAAGCUUUUAAAAUCGUCCCGGCGCUUGCAAACUGGGAGCAGAUUCUUUAUUUGACUGAACCAGAGACCUGGACAGCAGCUGCUAUGUACCAAGCAACACGAAUCUUCUCGUCGAACCUCAAAGAGCGAAUGGCCCAGAGGUUUUACAACUUGGUGCUGCUGCCCAGAGUACGAGAUGAUAUUGCAGAGUACAAGCGACUCAACUUUCAUCUCUACAGCGCUCUGAAGAAGGCCUUGUUCAAACCAGGAGCAUGGUUUAAAGGUAUCCUGAUUCCUCUGUGUGAAUCUGGGACCUGUACUCUGAGGGAAGCCAUCAUCAUUGGAAGCAUACUCACAAAGUGCUCCAUCCCUGUGCUCCACUCCAGUGCCGCAAUGCUUAAGUUGGCAGAGAUGGAGUACAACGGCGCCAACAGCAUUUUCCUGCGCCUCUUGCUCGACAAGAAAUACGCCCUGCCUUUCCGUGUCCUAGAUGCCUUGGUGGCCCACUUCCUGUCCUUCCGCAGUGAAAAACGUGUGCUUCCUGUGCUGUGGCAUCAGAGUCUGCUCACCCUGGCUCAGCGCUACAAAGCUGACCUGGCCUCCGAACAGAAGGCAGCUCUGCUGGAGCUGCUCAAGAUACAAACACACCCUCAGAUCUCUGCAGAGAUCCGCAGAGAACUGCAAAAUUCAGAGUCCAGGGAUCUGGAAGUCGGGCUCCCUGUUACGGUUGAAAUGGACUGAGGAUUCAGUCUGGUCUGGCGCUGCCUCCUUCUCUCAUGCAAAUGAGUCAUAGAUUCUUCAGCAUGAAGAAAAUUAUGUGAAAUAUAACUUAAUUAUUCUUCCUGGCUCAUGAAAGGACAGUUUCAAGGAUGCAAGGAUGACAGUGUCUCAUAACAGUGCAUCAGGAUCCAUAAUUCUGUUCCAAGCUGGGAUGAAUUUGCACAUAUAAAAACGAUGUAGGUGUUGUAAUUUCAUAUCAUAAAUCUGAGUUUCCUGCAGUUGCAGUGCAGCGAUUGCUUGGAAAUAGAAAGACUGGUAUUUCUGUUCUUUUGAUUAAGGGCAACUUUGUUGUUUUGAAGCAACAGUUUGAAUUAAAAAAAAACGAAAUUC